AUGGCCGAGCAUAACCAGAUCAAUAACCAGAACAGCGAAGGUCUCACUCCUCUCGCAGCACCUCCGUACUCGGGCAGCAUCCAGCCAGCUCCCUCCGAAGCCACAGGUGCUCACUCCGAGAAGCCUCCGUUGCACGGAGACUAUAAUGCACCCACUCCCGCCCACACCAACGAAUCUGCCAGGGCAUACCAGGGCCAGCCGACUGGCUAUGCCACGGUUACACCUUUGCAUGCGCUUUUAUCAGUACCGUGUCCGGUGGAUUGUCCAUGCUGCGGAAAACGCGAAAUGACGCGAAUUGAGGCGGUUAGUGGAACGAAGACACAUGGUUGGGCUGCUGUUCUCUGUUGCUGCUUCUGUCUCGGAUGCAUUCCUUACUUGAUGUCCUCGCUCAAGGAUGUCAACCACUACUGCAGCCAGUGUAGUGCUAAACUAGCGACUUGGCACAACAGCGGGCGUGUCGAGGUGCUGCAGACCGGACAAAGGGAAUAA